GUUGACAUGAUAAAUCAAGUAAAAGAUAUUACGGGCUCCUUAUUUAUGCAACAACACAACUUCAGUAUUUUUUGUUUCAGAAGUAAAUUUUAUCAAACAGCCACCGCUGUGGCCGAGUUUGGAAGGCGACGCUACACCAGCCAUUACGGUAUUUACAGUAGAAAAUAAGCUACAAAGAGGGGAGGCGCACAGUCGUUCGAAGACAUCGGCCGAUGUUGUUGGAGGAGGAAAGCGAGCGCUAUAGAUCGGGACGCUAGCUAACUUGUCACUUUAAAUGUAUAACUUGUGAUAUAACUAGAUAUGACGGAAAUGUUUUCGACUCUCUUCGGGCAAAACGAAGCUCAGGGACCGCCCGGCUCGUCGUCGUCUCACGGAUUCGGAGCGGGUAAACCUGCACCUCCUCUUCCGCAAAAUCAAGUUCCGAUGGCGGGGCAGCUGCCACCGCAGCUCGGGGAUGAAGGGCCUGCUUUACGGAAACCCGGAGCCAUGAAUGAACCCUUCUAUUUACUCCGUGAGCUGCCUGUGGGUAACGAGUUGACAGGCAACACCAACCUCAUCACUCACUAUAAUCUGGAACAUGCCUACAACAAAUUCUGUGGUAAAAAGGUGAAGGAGAAACUCAGCAACUUUCUUCCCGAGUUACCAGGUAUGAUCGACUGUCCCGGCACUCAGGACGGCAGUUCGUUACGCUCCCUGAUCGAGAAACCUCCAGUUUGUGGGAAUUCCUUCAGUCCACUUACUGGUGCCUUGCUCACAGGCUUCAGACUACACACAGGACCGCUGCCAGAGCAGUACAGAUUGAUGCACAUUCAGCCGCCAAAGAAGAAGAGCAAGCACAAGCACAAACAUCAUCGACCGCAGGACCCCAUACCACAAGGUACACCAACACACAUCUAUAAGGAAUUCUUUUUCCAGGUCACUGACCCAGUCCAUUUGGUCAUUACAGAAACUCCAUCAGACUCGGACCCCAAGAAGAAGAAGAAAAAGAGAGAUGAUGAUCCUGACCGUAAGAAGAAAAAGAAAGACAAGAAGAAAAAGAAGAACCGCCACAGUCCAGACCACCCCGGCCUCACCGGAUCACAACCCAACAGCAACAGCCUCAGAUAGACAGAAACCAGCUGUGUGUGUGUGUGUGUGCGUGCGUGUGUGUGUGUGUGUGUGUGUGUGUUUUACAGAAGCCGUAUCGGAAGCUUUGUGCAUGUGUGGGAUUUUUUUUUUUUUUAGAGAAUUGUAUCAGAGUCUGAAUUUGGUGAUGGUGAUGCUGUGACCGUCAGACAGGAAUGGGUUUGUUAAAAAGAGCUAUAUGGUAUUUGAGAGCAAAGAGGGUGCUAGUGGAAAACAUGUUACACAACAGUGUAUGAUGCAGGUCACAGGUAUGACAUGAUCGAAUGAACGGGUAUGCGUGUCCUUUCCAUUUUACUGUGAUAUCUUUACACAUGUCAAAAUUACA